CCUUUGAUAUUUUUCCAAUUUUAUUGACUUUCCGAAUCUCCCAAAAAUCUAACAAAAGAAAGAUUAUAUUUUUUACCAAUUUUUUUAUUGUCUGCUUAAUACCUCUGUUUUUGUUUGUUCUUCGCAAGGAAAAAAAAAACCUUUCCUUCACCAAAUAAUUUGUCCCUUUCUCAAAUCUCCAUCUACCAAGUGCCUUUCUCCCUCUCAAUUUGUGGGUUUUUCAUUUAUAGUGGAUUCGAAGAUGACAGAUUCUAUUAGAAGAAAUUGAUCAGAGAGAGAGAGAAACGUAUCUCUUUCGAUAAAUUCUGGGUUUUUUUUCCCUCUCUCUCUCUUCAGAAAUCUCGGUGAUCGUCUAUGGAAGAUUGCAGCUAAUUUUCAGAUAGAGAAAGAGAGAGAUGGGAGGUUGCGUGUCGACGCCGAAGAGCUGUGUGGGAGCGAAGCUGAGGUCAAGUAAGCGAAGGAAGAGUCGUAAGAGACGAAAGAUUCAAAGGAAGAGAGCCGCCUCUUCUCGUUUCUCUGACGGAUCUCUCGACAAUCUCGAUCAUCCUCGUAACUUCCCCAAUCCCAGUUUCAGAGCAAAUGGAGAAGAAUCAUGGUUUGAGUCCAAUGCCGCAUUUGAAACAGAUGGUGAUGAUGAUUUCCACAGUGUCAAUGGAGAUGCGUUGUCUUUAAACGGAGGUGAGCGUGAAUCAGUCUCGAGUACUACGACCGGAUCAUCAACACGAGACUCAGACUCAAACUCAAACGACGUGAUGUCACAGUCGAAAUCAGACGGUGACUUAAACGACGCAGAGCAGCCUGAUUUAAUAGACUCAUCUGCAGAUGAAGGGAACUUGGAAAACUGCAGGAUCUUACCGAGUAAUUGUUUGCCUUGUCUGAAUCCAAUAACUGUUGUUCCUUCUGUUGAAAAAAGAAGGUCUCUUAGCUCUAGCCCUCCCAGUUCGAGGAAAAAAGCGUCUCUUAGGCUAUCUUAUAAAUGGAGAGAAGGUCAUGCUUCAGGGGCCUUGUUUUCUUCUAAAUUGCUGUUGAAGAGACCAGUAGCGGGUUCUCAGGUUCCUUUCUGUCCAGUCGACAAGAAAAUGCUGGAUUGUUGGUCAACCAUCGAACCAAAUAGCUUUCGUGUCCGUGGCAAAAGUUAUUUCAGGGAGAAGAAGAAAGAGUUUGCACCUAGCCAUGCUGCAUAUAAUCCUUUUGGUGUCGAUGUUUUCUUAUCGGAACAUAAAAUACACCAUGUCGCACAAUAUGUCAAACUUCCCGUCACUACAACAUCCACAAAACUCCCAUCCAUCCUUGUUGUGAAUGUUCAGAUUCCCUUGUAUCCAACUGCAAUCUUCCAAGGUGAAUCUGAUGGAGAAGGAAUGAAUAUAAUUUUAUACUUCAAACUUUCGGAUAAUUAUUCAGAGGAACUUCCGCUUCAUUUUCAAGAAAGCAUUCAGAGAUUAAUAGAUGAUGAGGUUGAGAAAGUUAAAGGCUUUCCAAUGGAUACAACAGCGCCUUUUAGAGAAAGGCUUAAGAUACUGGGACGUGUUGCGAACGUAGAUGAUCUCCAUUUGAGUGCUCCAGAGAAGAAGCUGAUGCAGGCUUACAACGAGAAACCUGUUCUUUCGCGUCCCCAGCACGAAUUCUACUCGGGUGAAAAUUACCUUGAGAUCGAUAUCGAUAUGCAUAGAUUUGGUUAUAUAUCCCGGAAAGGCUUUGAAGCAUUCAUAGACAGACUCAAGAUCUGUGUUCUUGAUGUUGGCCUCACAAUUCAGGUAGGGGAACAAACCGGAGGAGCUACCGGAGCAGAUUCUGUGUUGCGUCAGGCUAAAUGGGAUUGAUUUUAUGAACUAUCAUCAAUUAACUCAAGAAAUCCUAUGACUAACACCAUUUUUUCUCCUCCUUUGUUUUCCUUCAAAAAGAACACACAAAUCUAAAAGCAUCCCUUCAGAACCCAGGAAUACAUAAAAGGGUGAUGAUUUUCAAGUGAAUAUAUAAAAAUUUGAACCCCAAAGUAUUAUCUUCUACUUGAAUGUGAGUCUGUAUUUUAUAUUUCUACCUUUGAGAAUCGAUUGCAAGUUGCAACGGCAGUUAAAGAUCACUGUAUUCACUCGUAAAACAAAAAAAAAGAAUGCUCUUUUAGAUCAUAGAUAACAUUUUAAUGUUUGACCAAAAAAAGAAAAAAAAAAGAUAACAUUUUUAAUUUGCUUUGUUCAUAUUGAGAAAAUAAAUUAGGGGAAGAUGCAGGUUUUGCAAAUGUUUCUUCAUAAGUAAUUUGGUCAUAUGCAUUUUGUUCAUGUUAGUGGAGAGAGAAUUCUAGAAAUAUGGUAAGACUUACCAUAUGGCGAAGAAGGCUUGGAAGAAUUUGGACAGCUUUAUCAACGAGUUUUGUCAAAAUGGAACACGAUGAUGUAAUAAACUCACCCAACUUUAUCAAAGCUUUUUUGUGUAGUGUAUUUAUCAAAGAGGAUUUAUGUAUUUAUCAAUCAUUUUGCCAUAUAAAGACACAAUGUAAGAGGACAGCUUUUUGGGUCAAGUUUUUCUUGAAUAAGUGUGAUGCAAUCAUUGAUUUUUAAUGUCCAAAAACUUGAGAGACCAUACUUGUGUUCCUAUUUAGAAGUUGAGGUUUUGUUGUUUGUUACAAAAAUUUAAUCA